AUGGACCUCUACUCCCGCUGGCGGCCUGCGACCCAAGUGGUGAACUGCCAGCAAUACGAACACGAAAAAGACCUCAAAGUCUACCAUGACUUUUUGACCAAGUCAAACCACAGAACUGCCGAGUCCAUCGACGAGCCAAUCAACAAGGCAAAUCUCACUCUCCAACACGACGGAAAUGUCUACACACAUCCCAAGUGUAUGAAAGGCGUCCCCAUCGAGAAGAUACAUCCGAAACACCCCUACUGGCACUUGGGCUGGGAAGAUAUCGAGCCUUGGAUUGAACAACUCCUGCAUAUGCCGCGCAAUAUGCCUUCACAAGUUCUCAACGCAACCAUUCUGGAAUUCCUCAAGGGCGCCGAAUUUUGUCCGCAUCAACUCGUGGCGAAGAAAUACAUUAAGAGCAGCCUAACUAGGAUUGAUGUCAUUUUCCGUCUGGCCGAAACCAUGCUAGCAUUGAAAAGCUUCAAGCUCGACAAUGUCACCCCGUUGGAGUGGUUUCGACAGCGCCUGCAUGAGAUCAUCAACGAUGAAGGGAGUAGAUUCAGUCUCACCAUGACGAUUCUCAACUUCCGCCAUGACCCCAAGUAUGUCAAGCUGCGAGCUGUCAACGGCGAGAGAACCAUGGACCCGUCGCAAACCAAUCAUCCGAAUCACGACGGCCUCACUACCGGUCUUUGUUGGGAGUUGAAACGGAUCAAAUGCCUCGUCGACACCGUUGGCGGUGGCGCCUAUAAAACACAGUACUGGCAAUGGAUCACCGGCGAUAAUUGGCAAGGCUUCCGACAUUGGGGGCUCGCUAACAGAAACGGCUGCCCUACCUGGACCAUCUACGACGAACCUGUCAACUUUCACUUGAAGUUGGAGCACAUCAAGAAAAUUCGGUGGGCUACCAACACCUUCAAGGUUGAGAUCGUUUGCGAGGAGGGCGUUAUGAUUUCAGACAAGCCGAGAGGAAAUCUCUUGGCAGAAUUCAAAAGGGAAAGCACGAAGCAUCGAUUCCUCUACUUUUGCCACCACCACAGCAUCUUCUUGGAAAAGACUGAUGACGAUAAACCGCAUGGGUCGAACUUAAGUCCCGUACUGUCCCAGAACCAGACUCAAGACGUGUCGGAAUCCGUGCACCGCAAGGCACCGCAGAACUAUCUUCACUCGGGUCUUCAGGUUACGGCUUGA